AGAAGCCCCAUCGCUUCCUACGCGUUCGCCGGCUGCGCUGCUAACGUAAAUAUUUGAAGAAUACAGGGUGAAGCGGUGGAGGAGGGUUAGCACGGUGCUAACUGUUUCUCCAGUGGACCUGAUGUUUGGGUGGAAACUUAGACGCCAUGUUGAGUGAGUUGUCGAUGGAAACGUCCCGGUGGCUCAGAGACAAUGUGACUAACACAGUGUCUGGUGAUUUGUGGAUAUAAUUAUUAAAUAUUAAUGUCUGAGCUAAAUGAGGGCUACUUGUUCUGCUAGCAUAAUUAGCUACACGUCACCUGGCCUUUAGUUUCCUCAUGGCAACAGAAGAAUGUAUCUCACAGAGGAAGCAAACAGGGGACACGUCCACACUGAGGAACAGGAGAUCGGUCGCCUCCUCCGGGUCUGUGACAGAGGACUCACACCGUCCCCCUGCUGGACCCUCCUCAGGACAUGACACCCACUCCUCUAACGGGACGUCUGCCCGGCUCUCCCCCAGAGGAGGCUCCAGUGAUGGGGAUGCAGGCAGGGAGCUGCUGCUGCUGCUGGUGGUGGUGGGUCUGUCCUUCUCCACACGUCUGCACAAAAUAACAGAGCCCCCCCAUGUGUGCUGGGAUGAGACCCACUUUGGAAAGAUGGGCAGCUACUACAUCAACAGGACCUUCUUCUUUGACGUCCAUCCUCCUCUUGGAAAAAUGCUGAUUGGACUCGCUGGUUACAUGAGCGGCUAUGAUGGCACCUUUCCUUUCAUAAAGCCUGGAGAUAAAUAUGAACACCACAACUACGCAGGGAUGAGAGCGUUCUGUGCUGUGCUGGGUUCCUUCCUCCCGAUCUUUGCCUACCUCAUAGUGCUGGAGUUGUCUCAGUCUUACACUGCAGCUCUCAUCACGGCAGCUCUGCUCAUAUUUGACACUGGCUCAAUCACCAUCUCCCAGUACAUCCUGUUAGACCCGAUACUCAUGUUCUUCAUCAUGGCCGCAGUGCUGAGCAUGGUCAAGUUCAACAAGCAGAGUCACAGGCCCUUUACUGCCCCCUGGUUGCUGUGGCUGGUACUGACUGGUGUAAACCUUGCUGGGGCUUUGGGGGUGAAGUUUGUGGGUCUGUUUGUCAUCCUCCUGGUCGGUCUGAACACAGUCAGUGACCUCUGGAGACUUCUGGGGGACCUCAGCCUCUCACUGGUCAACAUUGCAAAGCACUUCCUGGCUCGUGUGUUCGGGCUCAUCCUGCUUCCUCUCUUCCUCUAUGUUACAAUAUUUGCAGUCCACUUUGUUGUGCUGAACAAAAGUGGACCUGGAGAUGGUUUCUUCAGUUCAGCCUUCCAGUCUCGUCUAAUCGGGAACAACCUUCACAACGCCUCAAUGCCUGAGUAUCUCGCAUAUGGCUCCACCAUUACUGUGAAAAACCUCCGUAUUGCUGGAGGCUAUUUGCACUCUCACUGGCACUUGUACCCAGAGGGAGUGGGGGCAAAGCAGCAGCAGGUGACGGCCUAUCUUCAUAAGGACUACAACAAUCUGUGGAUCGUUCACAGGCAGGAUCAUAACGAAUCUCAAUCUGGGACCCCUGAUCUGGUUCGUCAUGGUGACAUCAUUCGCUUGGAGCACAAAGAAACAACUCGUAACCUUCACAGUCACCUCCACGAGGCCCCUCUGACCAAGAAACACUUCCAGGUUACAGGCUAUGGAAUAAACGCCACAGGAGAUGCCAAUGACCUGUGGCAGGUGGAGGUGUGUGGAGGUCGAAAGGGCGACUUGGUGAAGGUGCUGCGCAGCAAAGUCCGCUUUCUGCACCGAGCCACCGGUUGUGUUCUUUACUCCUCUGGCAAGACUCUUCCCAAGUGGGGCUGGGAACAGGUGGAGGUGACCUGCAGCCCUUACUUGAAGGAAACUCCGAGCUCUCAGUGGAACAUUGAAGAUCACAUCAAUCCCAAAUUACCCAACAUCAGUCUGUCUGUGCUGAAGCCCCAUUUCCUGGAGAUCUUACUGGAGUCUCAUAUUGUUAUGAUCCGAGGCAACAGUGGCUUGAAACCCAAAGACAAUGAGAUGAACUCUAAGCCCUGGCAUUGGCCCAUCAACUACCAGGGACUGAGGUUUUCAGGGGUGAAUGACACAGAGUAUCGUGUUUACCUGCUGGGGAACCCGGUGAUCUGGUGGAUGAACCUGGCCAGUUUGGGCAUGUAUCUCAUCAUGGUGGCAGUGGCGUCUGUAGCUCUCCAAAGAGGUUUCACAUUGGACCAAAAAAGAAUGGAGCACUCUCAUGUUCUCAUGAGAGGAGGAGGCCUGCUUCUCCUCGGUUGGAUUCUUCACUAUGCACCUUUCUACACAAUGGGCCGUGUCCUCUACUACCACCACUACUUCCCUGCCAUGCUCUUCAGCAGCAUGUUAACAGGAGUUACACUUGACGUCCUGUUAGAAAGCACUGACCUGCUGCUCCGCCCGCCUUAUUCUGAUUGGCUGCAGAGAGCUGGGCAGAUGGUCCUUCUGUUUACUGUUCUUUACAGUUUCUACCUGUUCCAUCCACUCUCCUAUGGGAUGACGGGUCCUCUGGCACACGAGCCAGGCAGCGCCAUGGCAGGCCUCAAGUGGAUGGACUCCUGGGAGUUCUAGGCAACUCCGCACAACGACGACACAAAAAUGUUCUGGAUAUGAAGGACUAAUUCAUGUCUCUCACAGACAUUCGUUUUUUUAUUGGUCUUUAAUUCAAAUAAGGUACUGACUCAACACACUGCUAAACUACCUGUCCAAGUAUUUAUGCGUGUCAUAAUUUCCAAGUAUUGUUGUAUAAAGAAAGGUGGAGAAGACAGACUUGAAUCAGUGCAAUAAGAGAACCAGAGUGUUGUGGAGGAUCAUCACCGAGCUGCCUUGACUCACAACGCAGCUUACAUCCAGAACUCUCGUGUGUCUCCUGUCUGUGUCUCGAUAAUAAGCUAAAGUGCCUGAAAGGAGCUGGUGAAAGAAAAUCAGAAAAAUAAAUGCUGCUCAGUUUCAAAAAACAAACUUUAUUACACAGUUAUUGUCUGUCAGACACUAUUUUUGGCUGUUGUGUUGAUUUUAGUUCUGUUAUUUUUGUACCUGUACCAGCUUCUGUUUAUAUGACACUACAAGACUACUGCUGACUCUGUGUUAUGUACAUUUCAGUGUUAUCAAUAAACUGUGGUAUUCUUGUAUUCUGUGUUUAUUGA